GGGGGAGAGGUCAGUGUGGUUCGACUCCAAGACUCAGGGCGACUUCCGAAUCCAGCGGUGUACUGCCCCGAGAUGGUGGAGACGACGAGCGUGUUGGCGGCCCUGGCGGCGGUCCUGGUGGCGGCCUACUUCUGGUCGCGGUACCGCCACGGCUACUGGCGCAAGCGCGGCGUGCCCACGCCCAGCCCUCUGCCCAUCUUCGGCAACAUGCUGCCGGUCCUGCGGGGGAAGAAGCACUUCAUGCAGGCCUUCCACGACAUGUCGCUGCCGCACCGCGACACCGGCUACUGCGGCAUGUACGUGUGGGGCAUGCCCAUGCUGAUGGUGUUCGAGCCCGAGAUGGUGAAGCAGGUCGUCUGCAAGGACUUCUCCAGCUUCCACGACCGCGGCAUACCGUCGUCCGAGAGCGACCCGCUGAGCCAGCACCUGUUCAACCUGACGGGCACCAAGUGGCGCAACCUGCGCAACCGCCUGACGCCCACCUUCACGUCCGGCAAGCUCAAGCUGAUGCUGCCGCUGAUGCGGGACAUCAGCGACCAGCUGAGCACCGCGGUGGCGGCCGAGGCCAAGGCGGCCGGCGGCGAGGUGGACGUCCAGGCGCUGCUGCCUCGCUUCGCCACCGACGUCAUCGGCUCCGUGGCCUUCGGCAUCAACUGCAACAGCCUGGCCAACGAGAACGCCGAGUUCCUCACCAUGUCUCGCGGCAUUCUGCGGCAGUCGCUCCUGCAGACUAUCCGUGGCGUGCUGGAGGCCAUCUACCCUGGGCUGAGCCAACUUCUGCCCUUCAAAUGGACGUUCAACAAAGUGCACCACUUCUUCACGAACCUGAUGCGGGAGACGGUGGGGCACCGCGAGACCAACAAGGUGGUCCGCAACGACUUCGUGCACCUCUUGAUGCAGGUCCGUGACCAGGACCUGGGCCACGCCGACCCGGAGAAUCAGCUGGAGAUGACGCCGGGGCUCAUGGCCGCCCAAGCUUUCCUGUUCUUCGUGGCCGGGCAGGACAACAUAGCCAACUUGGUGGCCUUCUGCCUCCACCAGAUGGUGCUGGACCAGGACCUGCAGCAGCGCGCGGCCGACGAGGUUCGCAACGUCAUCCGGAAGCACGACGGCCAGCUCACCUACGAGGCCCUCAAGGACAUGAGCCUGCUGGACCGAGUGCUCAUGGAGGGUCUGCGGCUGUGGUCGCCCGUCGGCACCAUCUUCCGAAAGUGCAACCAGACGACCAAGGUGGGGGACUUGGUGGUGGAGAAGGACAUGCCGGUCAUGAUCAUUGCGGACAACAUGCACCGGAACCCCGCCCUCUUCCCCGACCCCGAGCGCUUCGACCCGGAGCGGCACACGGCCGAGGCCAAGGAGCAGCGGCACCCCUACGCCUUGCUGCCCUUCGGCGAGGGCCCCCGCGUCUGCAUCGCCGAGCGCUUCUCCAUGCUCGAGAUGAAGCUGGCCCUCGCCGUCAUGCUGCGCGACUUCAGCUUCUCGCGCGGACCCAAGUUCGAGGUGGAGCCCGCCAGGGACCCCAAGUCCUUCUUCCCGCAAGCUCUCCACGGCUUCCCCAUGAGGGUCCAAGUCAGGGGGUGAGAAGGACGACCCUUGCCUGAUGUGCAUAUUGUUUUCAAGCGAUCCUGUGAUUCAUACGUGCAAGCCUCAACGUGUGGUUCUAGCAAUGUUGUUCUGUUUUUAAAUCAAACUGGAAAGUUUAAUAAACUGAAUUUUGACGAUCCAACUCGUCCCUUUGAAAAGCAUUUUGGGCCAGAAGUGGUGUGCAGGAAAUGGCUAUGAGAUGGGUGGCGAUUUGUACUUAUGACCAAGAAUCUCUGCAGUUUAACCGUUAUCUACGGAAAUGUUUGGACAGGGAGGGUGGAACCUUCCAGACGGCUGAUUUUUCAGUGUAUUU